AUGGAUUUCACACCGCUACCCUCCGAGCUGGAGGAGUUGAUCCUUUGCAGCUGUUGCCAUCUGCCGUUCAACGAGACGGACGCACUGCCGAAGCUAUUCUCCUGCCGGCACUACUUCUGUCUCAAGUGCGUCAACCAGGUGCUGCUGAAGGGUAACGAGCUGUACUGUGUGCACUGCUGGAAGCGUACGGAGCUGACCGGGCCAGAUAUGAAGCCGGAUGCGUUACCGACACACAACGCCAUCCUGUAUUUGUCGCAGAAUCUAAGCAUGAUCUCGAGUGGUAGCGCUACGACCACCAACAAAAAACCUCCGGAUAAGCCGAACGGAGGUGACGGGAGUUGCAGUGCGGUGGCCACCACCUCCAGCACAACCAAUGGUGGUGGGUCGUUAGCGGUGGUCGCGGGCAGCUCGGUCACGACGGCCAGUGCGACGGGCAAUGGAGCUUCCGGGUCGGGAAUUAGUGUGGCCGUGGGUGGUGGAAGUGGUAGUAACACUAGCAGUAGCAGUGUGGGCAGUGGUAUUAGUGUGGUCGUAACUUCGGGCAGCAGUGUCGGUUCUUCGGUGGCUUCGAACGGAUCCACCGGAAUGCCCACGAACGGGGCAGGUGUGAUCGGUAGUGCGGUUGUGGUUGGUAGUGGUAUCGGUGGUAUCGGUGUUGGUGCGGGCAGUGGUAGCGUUGGUACAAGUAGUGCGGGUAUAGUGAGUGCCAUCGGUUCCGGCAAGUAUCGUAGCAAGGGUGAGAACUGUCUUACACACGCCAUGCCAAAUGCGCUAUGGUGUUUGAAGUGUAGUACCGCCGUCUGUCGAGCCUGUGCUAGCGGCGACGAUCAUCGACAGCAUCCGGUGAAGACACACGCGGAAGCACGCGAUCAGAUACGAACGGACAUUGCGUCCGACCUGCUGCUGAUGCAGAAAUCGCUCGCCGAACUGCAGCAUUUUGUGUUUAAGCAGCGCGACUUUCUGCUCAAGAUCCUCGAGGCGUGCACCGCACUCAAGACGCAGGUGGAGACGGAGCUGAUCAACCAUCUGCCAACGUUCGAGGUGGCAGAAAUAAGAAGCAACCUUACCAAGGCGAAACUGUUCCUUGGCAUGCUGGACCAGCAAUCGCCAGCCGAAGCGUACAAGCUGUACGCGAACCUGCACAUGGAGAAGCAACGUUUGCAGUCCAAGUAUCAGGAGAUGUUUCUGCAGUGCAAGCUGGACGAUCUGAUCCACCAUUACGGUGUGCUGUUUGAUUUCGAUCUCAUCAAGCAAGCGCUCUCCAACCUCAACACCAUCGAUCCCAUCUCGUUCGGCAAUGGGACGGUGGCUGGGUCGGCCACGAUCAACGGACAUCAUAACUCGAUUCUACUGCUUGCCAACUAUUGCAUCUCGCAGUUGUAUUCGCGCCACAUCCUUACCACCAAACAUCAUCCCUCGCAGCAACAUCAGCAGCAGCAGCAGCAGCAGCAGCAGCAGCAACAGCAUCAGCAACAACAUCACCAACAGCAGCAACAACCACUUCCUUCACAGCUUGGUCCACUGGAUGGUAUUGCCCUCGCUGGCCAUCAUUACGUCCAUCAGCAGUCCCCGAAUCACGUUACCAUGAACCAUCUGCAUCACCAAGUCGCCCAGCAGCUUCAUCACCAUCAACAGCAGCAACAUCAGCUGACCGGUACCGGUACGUACGCAAGCCAACUGCACGACAUGGCUUCCGCAAUACUGAUCGCACCACCGCAAGACCGAAUGGCACCCGGCAGCGGACGGACAACCGGUGACGGUGGUGGUUCCAGCUCGGCCCGCACCUCCGGAUCCGGUUCGGGUUAUCUGAGCGAGAUCCUAAACGGGGCCGGUAGUUCGUCCGCCCUGCAUCAGCAUCACGCCCUGCAGCAGCAACAUUCCUCGCAGCUCGCCUCGCCCGGCGGGCUCAUCUCGUCAUCGUCCUGCUCAAGCGUCGUGUCGCUCGUGCCCGCACCUUCCUCGUCCGCCGGAUCGUCCUCGGUGGUGGUCGGUGCGGGUAAGGGGCAAUCGUCGAGUUCGGCGGCGGCUGCCGCUGCAGCUGCUGCUGCCGUUGCUGCCACCCUGCUCUGCAAUCCGUCCGUGCACGUGUACCCGAUCUACUUCUUCAGCAUCGAGAUCAACGGUCAACCGUUCGGACGCAUUCUGAUCGAGGUGCGGAACGAUGUGGCACCGAAGAUGGCGAAGAACUUUGGCGCUCUGUGCACGGGCGAGCUCGGGUUCGGGUACAAGGGCUGUAGCAUCUUCCAGUGCUGGGAGAACGAAAGCAUCAUUACGGGUGAUUUCGAGCUGAACAAUGGACGCGGCGGUCGGUCCGUGUUCGAGGAGGGUUUCUUCAUGCCGGAUGACACCAAGAUUCUGGCGAUCCGUGGCUCGGUUGGCAUGCGGCGCAGCCAGAAGCGUCACGAUAAUAUGGGUCUGGUCGGAUCACAGUUCCGCAUUAUAUUGCGGGAAAUGCGUGGCUUCACCGGGAUCUUCGCGUUCGUGGUAGAGGGUUUGGAGCUAGUGGAAAAGAUAAGCCAGGCGGGUGAUUCGGCUGGGAAGCCGCAAAGCACGGUGCUGAUCGCGAACUGCGGCAAGUGGCAGUAGA